CAAUUGGCAUUUUACUUGUUUUUGGAUGAGCAAGAACUGUGUCACAUUUUGCGUUUUAACGGCUUCUAACAGUCAUAGAAACAAUUUAGUAUUUUAUUUAGAUACUCGUUUUAAAAUAGUACAUAUUUUGAUUAAUAUUAGCUACAUGAGUGUGGUGUAAAUCUCAAAACAUACUUUUGUUAUGAUAAAGGUUUAUCCUUGAGUAUUUUUUGGAACGUAGAAAACAUGGAACCUCCGCGACAAUCAGAAUCAGAUACUGUGGAAUACUGGAAGAAACAAGCUAAACAUUAUGAGCAAAAGGCAAUUGAUAUGCAACAAGAGUUGGAUGAGUACACGGAAAAUUCAGCACAGUUGGAAAAAGAACUUGAAGCUUCACUCCUACAAGUUGAGAAACAGAACAGAGAUCUAGAACAUCAAAAUCAGCGGCUAAAAAAUGAAAUAGAAUCACUUAAGAAUAAAUUAGAAAGAAGUCAGCAUGAAACCAAUGCAUUAGAAAAUGAAGUGCAAUCACUCAAAAUAGAACAGGACAAAAAAGCUGAAUACAUCAGAGAGUUGGAGCAAAAAAAUGAUGAUUUGGAAAGAGGGCAAAGGGUUAUCUCUGAAUCCGUGUCUUACAUAGAGGCAAUGUUACAUCAGGCAUAUGAAAGAAAUGCAGUGUUAGAAAGUGAAGUUGAUGAAAUAGAGGCACUAAAAGUGAGAUUACAACGAGCUACAGAUGAAGCUAGAGAUUUGAAGCAGGAACUGAAAGUAGUAGAAAAACUCCCAGUGCACAGAAAGGAAGAUGACAGUACAAAUGAAAAUGGAAUGGUGAAUGGACACAACACUUGCUCCAGAGCAGUUGAAACUGAAACCCAAACAGCUUUGCCUUCACCUCUAAAACGAGAAAUCAAUGGUAACGCCAUGACACCGUCAGCCAGAGUAUCGGCUAUCAACAUUGUGGGUGAUUUGCUCCGUAAAGUGGGGCUUGAAAGGUUUCUUUGCCGUGAAUGUGGUAAGAUCAAAUGCUCGUGUGACGCUCAACCUCCAGACUUGAGUGAAGCCGCCAAGUCAACCGAGAUCUCCCAUGCCUGUGAUAACACCGAUAACAGCAUAGAUGCUUCCAUCGAAUAUAGAAACCCUAAAGUGUUCAUACGACAAUCUUCUGGGCCUGAUCCAAUAACACAAAAACAUCAGUUAAAGCACAGAUCCUCCGAGGAGGGAUUUUCUAGGCCUGGAGUGGGAGAGAAUGGGAAAUUGAGACGAUCUUUCGCUGUGAGAUCUAGGGAGGGGCUUGAAAACCUGUUGAGCUUCGCUUCUAUUCGGAAUGGACAGACGCGAGCCAAGCCAAAACAGACUUUAGCACGAUAACAUAUACCUGUAGUAGUGAAUUGCUAGUGGCUCGUGCACAAAUACCUGUUUAAUACUACCCAGAAAGGUCAUCUCUGCUUCAAAGAAUGUUAAAUAGAAGGAAAAAUUGAUGAUAUACUUGUAAUUAUAGUAUUUCCUAUUUUAUAUGUAUUCCUCGAAGCCAAGGUGGUUUACAGGGCAGUAGCACACAAACAUACCAACAUUGUGUUUUUUAUGCUUUAAUUCUUCAGUUUGUAGUUGUUGUCAGUAGGAAUUUGUAACCGUAAUCUUAAAAACUAGUUGACCGGACAGAAUUUAAUCACGCAUUCCUUGGACCAUAAAGUGAAAAAAUGGUUAUAGGACCGUAAGGCGGUUAUCACACUGGAUGCGAUUCGUACGUCGCUUCUAUUUUUGAGCGAGACAACGCAAUGCGCGUAUAUAGCGACAUCCCGCUCGUACACGGAACGAGGAGGUGCGAAUCGCAUACAGUGUGUGUGACUGUGAACACGGAUAAACAUCUUUUCUGUGAUACGAAAUGAAUCCUUUAAAUUGAACUAGUCAAGUUUAAUUCGAUAAUAAAUAUUGUACUGAUCGAGUUAUAGCAUUUUUACCCAAGUUUCUAUACCCAAAUUCUGUAUCGUAUGUGACAUUUUAGUAUCUUAACAUGGUCUGGAAUAAAUUAUUAAAAUCUGUUGGAUAUAACAUAUAACUUACUUAAAUUACGGUGAUCUAAUUGCAGUGUACAUAAUAAAUGAUGUAUAAUAUGGUACUAUAUUGUACUGUUUUUUAUUAUAGACAUUAUAUUUUUAGAUGCAUGUUUCACGCGUAAAUGUAUUAUACUAUGUAUUGAGUUAUAUUUUCCCAGUAAUAUUUUUGUGUGCUGUGCGUAAUUAGUCACGGUGAAAGCUUUAACCGCACAUUCUUUCCCAUCACCUACUAAUAUUAGUAUCAUUCAUAUAUUGUACUUUUCUUCAUUGUAGGCUUUGGAAUCAAAGUUAGCAUCGUGUCGUGGUACGGUUAGACCUAAAGAGCAUUCACCAAAUUCAAGCUCAGAUGUGAAUAAGGACUACAGGUGUGUACUCAAGAACUAAUACGCUGUUUGUCAUCGGCAACUCAUCGCCACUGCACUGCAAAACUUAGUUGCAGACUUAGCACUUAUUGUGAUAUUGGUACACAAGUAAAAUAAUUUAGAUUGUAUAUUUUCGUAAUGUUGUCUGAGUUAAGCACCUAAGAAGAGUAAUAUCAAAGAAGCUUUAAAUCUGCUUCAUUAUUAAAUAUAAACUAACUUGUGUACUAAAAUUAACAUCACUUUUCCUAUAAUUUGCUAAAAACUGUGAUGAUAAAUGAAGAUAUUUUAAGAAUUGGUAAAUGUAGUACUAAUAAUCUAAUUUUGGCCUACCCACCGGCGACAAAACACGUUAUUUGCGGCACACAAAGGCUUAUAGAUCUGUAGAUACCUUUGGAUUAUGAGUUAGAGGGCUUCGCGACCACAUAGUGUCUAAUAGAAUGGGCCACCAUUUAAGUACUUGUAAAGUGUGCCGUCCGUCUAAGAUCUGAACGAUAUAAAUAAAAGUAUAAUUUAAUUUACCUUAAUAUAAUAAAAUCGUUAAUUCUAUCAGAUAUAUGUAUUCUUUAUUAAUGAAUUAUAUUGCAUUGGCGCCCGAAUCAAAUCUUGAUGUGGUUAUCUGCCCACGCGUGUGGAAGCUAUCGCUAGCUGAAAUUGGUGGACAAAAUAUUUUGGAGUGAUACUUUAUGUAAAUAAUUAGAAUUCAUAUGAAAUUGUUAAAAUUAGAAAUUUUUAUAAUAUCAAUUCAAUUAAUUUCUUGAUAUACAAAAAAACUGUAGGAUCUUAUACUCACCGGACUGAUUUUGAUUUCUUAAUUGAUUUUGUUAAUGGAUAGAAUAAAAAAAAAACGAAUAGGUGCAGACAACAAUAACAAAAAUAGGCAGAUAAAAUACCGGUAGUUGUUUACAGAAAAUGUUAACUUAAUGUUACAUUUUCUUGUAGUUAAUACCCUAUAUACGUGUUUGUGUUUAACAAAAUCUUGCAUCAUUCAUGUAAAGAGUUGAAAUAUCGUGUCCAACGCCACACCACAGACAACUCGAUGGUGGUUUUUAUAUUUAUAUCUCUAUCCUAAAUAUGUCAAAAGAAGGCGAAGUAACGCAAUAACAAACCCAGGCAUUUGGAAGGAAUUUUUGAGUUGCGAAAAAAAGUAGUACGAAUUUGUUGGCGUCGAUGAACUAGCCCUAUAGUGUUGAACGGCGCCAAACAUUUUUCAGCGCGUCAGUUGUCAAAUUUUAAUUAAAGGACUUCCUUCACAUUACUAUGGAUUUAAGGCAUCCUUUAGAUGUGGUUAAACUUAACUAGCUGCUUGUAAAACAAUACCGCAAGACACGUGUAAAGACAGCUGGUAUCAGUGUUGGCCGGUAAUUAAACAGAAAAUAUUGAAAAUUAACCAUCACAAAUUGAGACUGUCACAGUUUACGGUUCAAUUUGUAACGUUUAAUUUUCAAUAUUUUCAAUUCUAAUCAACGUUCAGCCAACACUAGUUGGUAUGCCAUUGACUUACAUGCUACCGUGCACAUUUUUUUGUUGUGUCUUUUUCAUGCAGUUAGUUAAAUUUAAACAUUUGUAAAGGCUGUUUCAAUUGUCUGUCGUCAUAUAUCAAUCGGAUAACUAAUAAAUUAACCAUUGGACAACUAAUUUCAAUUCUUUACUUUUACAAUUAAAUAUAACUAAUUGGGCAUUCAAUGUGGAUAAGACGUAUUUUAUUUAAAAUUGUAAUUAACCAUUGUCAUCUAAAAUAAUAUAUAUUAUAUUUUAAAUAUUUAGUUACUAUACUUAUUGAUCAUCUUCAUUGUUAAUCUAUUUUGACCCCCAUACUCCAUUUUGUAAGCAUGGUAUGUCUGUCGUUCUAUCUGUAAGUAACCUUUCUAACAUUAAAAACGAUGUUCCUCCGUUCCGAUUAUAGCAAUAAAAUAAUUUCUAAUUUUAAUAGGUAUAAUUACUGUUGUAAGCAUCGUAAUUUGUGCUCACACUAUUAACUGAAAUGAAAUGAUCAAGUUUAUAUUAAAUGAUAGAUAAAAUAAUGCAUAUACUCUUGUUACACAUAGUCUUGCCUUAUUGUACUACGUCAGUAUAGAUUUCAUUUAUAUGACAAGAGAUUUUGCCUCUUUCUUUUAGCUAUAAUAAAAACAACUAGUUUUUUAAAUUUGUUUGGUAAUUAUAUCUAAUGAUAUGAAUUGACUGUAAAUGUAAUAGUUUCUACGCUGUCUUACUGCCACGCCUGUUUGUCACAAGUGUCAAGUAGAUUCAAUUGAGAUAACGAAAGCGUAGUAAUUAAUAAAGACUGCUAAAUAAUCUUAUAGAGAUCGAUUUUCUAAAAUAAAGUGUUUGUAGGCCCUACUUUAACAAGCUUUCAUUCCUAUAGUGUUUUGGCCGUGGCUCUUAUUAUAAAAUUAUAACGCCCUGUAUGUUUUCUUUUUCAGUGAGUUCUAGAUUUCGUAUUAAUAUUUACAAGCUAAGGUCAAAACGCUGUACCAAAUGGGAAUGAAGUGACUUCGUCAAACAAUUUAGAACACAACUUUUCGAAAUGUUCAGCAGUCUUAAUUAUUUACUUUUCUGUAUAUCGUAGCCUGUAACACAAACAUUUAUUGCUAAUGCUGGGCGUGAAAUAAGAAUUAUUUUUACAACCAGAUACUUUAAUUCAGUUCUGAUGUUUUGUUAAAUUUUCAAGCAUUUAUUCCAUGUGAUGGAGGUGCAACAAUUAUUUUGUGCGCAAUUUAAUAUUGAACAAUAUUAAACCAUAAGUCAAAACCUA